AUGGUGACAAGAAAGAAUAGAGGGAAACGUGUUAUUGUCCCAUGUGAAGAUGACAAUCCAGACUUAUGCUUUGAUGAUAAUGAAGCAGAUCAAGGAGAAGAAGAGGGGCAGGAGAGUGGGACUAACAAUGAAGCGGGUCUCAAUGACCCUCUGAAAAUAAAGGAGGUAAAGUAUUUUUUGGUUGUUAACAAGUUGAAUAUAUUUGCUUUAACUGAAACUAGAGUGAAGUUAGCUAAUAAAGAUAGGAUGAGAAAGAAGUUUGGAGGUAGUUGGCAAUGGGGGGAUAAUUAUAGUCAUAGUUCUAAGGGCAGAAUAUGGCUUGCAUGGAAACAUGCUCUGAUUCAGGUGGAGAUUCUGUUUACUACUGAACAGGUUAUUCAUGCUUUGAUUACUGAUAAGAAUAGUCAGUAUAAAAUGUUGUUCACUGCUAUUUAUGGAUUACAUAAUAUUGAAGACAGUAAACCUCUAUGGACUACCCUUCAGAACAUUACACAUAAUCUGGAGUGGAUUAUCAUGGGGGAUUUUAACUCGGUGCUAGAAAGUGAUGAUAGAAUUAAUGGCAAUCUAGUGACUAAUGCUGAAACUGAAGAUUUCAGACAUAUGCUGGAUAAUACGGAUUUGAUGGUUGUGAAAGGUAUAGGGGGUACCUAUACUUGGUCUAAUAAGAGAGAAGGGGUGGAUAGAAUUUUCAGCCGUAUUGAUAGAUGUCUUUGUAAUGCCAAAUGGUUUGCCCAUCACACUCACACAAUAACUCAUUAUGCUAAUGUGAGUGAGAAGAUUGGAGAAUAUAGAGAUCAGCUUGAUAGAAUUCAAACACAAAUCAGUAGUGAUCAUUUCAAUGCAGAGUUGCAUAGACAGGAGCAACAAUGUAUUGUUUCCCUUAAAAAAUGGCUUCAUGUUGAAGAGAGCAUAUAUAAACAGAAGUCUCAGAUUCAGUGGCUUCAAGAAGGUGACUCUAAUAGCAAAGUCUUCUAUGCUGCUAUGAAGGAAAGACAAGCAAGGAAUUCCAUUGAUGUUUUAUACACAAGCACAGGGCAGAAGCUUGAUAAAAAUUGCUGA